UCCGCUUUCGCUUCCGGAAUCUCAGCGGCCUAGAAGGAGCGCGCGCGGGCCUGGGGGGGAGCGGCACGAGACACCCUGAGGGAGCCGCAGCUGCCGGCCCCUGUGGGCACCCGUAGCUUGGGGGGUGGGGCUCGACCCUGUCACUCCUGGGAACUCGCGCGCUCAGAGUUUCUGUUUGCCGUCCACGGUCCCUCCGGGUACCCGUAGUGAGGCAGGGGCGCCCGCGCCUCUGCUUUCUCCUUGGUCCCUGCCCCCCACCAAGGCCCCUCCGGGCACCCGUAGUAAGGGGGCGUGUCAGACCCCCGCCCUUCCCGAGUCCCUGCCUCCCCCAGUCCUCCUCUAGGGGCCUGUAGCGAACGGGGGGUUCCCGCCCCCUCGUCCCCCUUCUGGGUCCCUCCCCCACCAGGCCCUCCCUGGGGAGCUUUCCUGGGGGGGCUCCCUGCCCCCCGGCCCUGUCGGGGGGGUAGUGGGCACAGAGCCCCGGAGUGGUGGCUGCCCACCCGCCAUGGCACGUGGCACUCCGAGGGGCUGGGGCAUGUGGCACUGACAGGGCCUCCUUGGGGCUGUGGGUAGUGGUGGAGACUCGGGUCACCCUGCGCUGUUGCUGACCCUGAGGGGGCCAGCUGGGCUCUGGUCAGGGCCUGCCCGCAUGUGCCCCCCGCUGUGGACCGCUUCAGGACGGAGGAGGAAGAGACUAGCCUGGCCUUGGCACCAGCUGCAGCUGGCAGGCCUGAAGGUGGCGGUGGCAGCAGGAGGAGAAGUUGGGAGGAGGCGGAGAAGGCCAUGGAAGGCCUGGCGGGCUACGUGUACAAGGCGGCCAGCGAAGGGAGAGUGCUGACCCUGGCUGCCCUGCUGCUCAACCGCUCCGAGAAUGACAUCAGGUACUUGCUGAGCUACGUCAGCCAGCAGGGUGGUCAGCGCUCCACGCCCCUUAUCAUCGCAGCCCGUAACGGUCACACCAAGGUGGUGCGCUUGCUGCUAGAACAUUACCGGGUGCAGACCCAUCAGACUGGCACGGUCCGCUUCGAUGGUUAUGUCAUUGAUGGAGCCACAGCUCUCUGGUGUGCAGCAGGAGCCGGACACUUUGAAGUCGUCAAACUGCUAGUUAGUCAUGGAGCCAAUGUGAACCACACUACUGUGACCAAUUCAACUCCGCUGCGGGCCGCAUGCUUUGAUGGCAGACUGGACAUCGUGAAGUAUCUGGUAGAAAAUAACGCUAACAUCAGUAUUGCCAACAAGUAUGACAACACUUGCCUUAUGAUUGCAGCUUACAAGGGGCACACGGAUGUGGUGAGAUAUCUCCUAGAACAACAUGCUGAUCCCAAUGCCAAGGCCCACUGUGGUGCUACAGCAUUACACUUCGCAGCUGAAGCUGGCCAUUUAGAGAUUGUUAGAGAGCUGGUCAAAUGGAAAUCUGCAAUGAUGGUGAAUGGCCAUGGAAUGACUCCAUUAAAAGUAGCUGCUGAGAGCUGUAAGGCAGAUGUAGUUGAGCUUCUUCUUGCUCAUGCGGACUGCGACAGAAAAAGUAGAAUUGAAGCUUUGGAACUUCUGGGUGCAUCGUUUGCAAAUGACAGAGAAAAUUACGAUAUAAUGAAGACUUAUCACUAUUUAUAUUUAGCAAUGCUGGAGAGGUAUAGAGACAGUGAGAACAUCGUUGAGAAAGAGGUUCUUCCACAAAUCGAAGCGUAUGGAAACAGAACUGAAUGCAGAACUCCUCAGGAAUUAGAAUCUAUUAGGCAGGACAGAGAUGCCCUUCACAUGGAAGGCCUCAUAGUGCGUGAACGAAUUUUGGGCUCAGACAAUAUAGAUGUUUCGCAUCCUAUUAUUUAUCGUGGGGCUGUUUAUGCUGAUAACAUGGAGUUUGAACAGUGUAUCAAACUGUGGCUUCAUGCAUUGCAUUUGAGGCAGAAAGGUAAUAGGAAUACCCAUAAGGAUCUCUUGAGGUUUGCUCAAGUCUUCUCUCAGAUGAUACACUUGAAUGAGCCUGUUAAAGCAAAGGACAUAGAAAGUGUUUUGAGGUGUAGUGUCUUGGAAAUAGAACAAGGAAUGUCCAGGAUUAAAAACAACCAAGACACUGACAUCCACACAGCCAUGGACAACUACGAAUGCAAUAUUUUUACCUUCUUGUAUUUGGUGUGCAUCUCAACCAAGACUCAGUGUGGUGAAGAAGAGCAGGCUCGACUCAACAAGCAGAUUUAUAACUUGAUUAAUCUUGAUCCCAGAACUCGGGAUGGGUCUAGUUUGCUGCAUCAUGCUGUCAACUCCAGUACUCCAGUAGAUGACUUCCACACAAAUGACGUCUGCAGCUUUCCAAAUGCACUUGUCACCAAGCUCCUAUUAGACUGUGGUGCUGAAGUGAAUGCUGUGGACAACGAAGGAAACAGCGCACUUCACAUCAUUGUUCAGUACAACAGACCCAUCAGUGAUUUUUUGACUUUGCAUUCGAUUAUCAUUAGUCUGGUGGAGGCUGGUGCUCAUACAGACAUGACAAAUAAGCAGAAGAAGACUCCUCUUGAUAAAAGUACAACUGGGGUGUCUGAAAUACUCCUUAAAACUCAAAUGAAGCUGAGCCUCAAGUGCCUGGCUGCCCGCGCAGUGCGGAUCUAUAACAUAAGCUACCAAAAGCAGAUCCCCAGAACUCUGGAAGAAUUUGUAGAAUUUCAUUAGGCUACAUAAAAUCUUUCAAGGUGGUGCUACUCAGAGAAGACGUAAAUCACAGAUGAUAGAAAACAUGUGCAUAGAUUAGUUUUCUCCACUUUGGGGGUUUUUGUUUCUUUGCAUUCAGUCUUCAGCCUCUGUUCUCAAACAGAUCUUGGGGAAAAAAGCCACAUUGCUUGGAUGUAACUACAGUCUGAUGUCUGAAAAGGUGGUCACUCUUUUUUGAUUAAAAAAACAAAAACAAAAUGAAAACAAACACCAAAUGUAUCAAGCACAAAAUAUUGUUUCAGAUAUGCACGUGCAUUCAUGAGUUACAGCUGAGAAUGCUUUAAACAGCCACUUAAAAAGAUGUUUCUGUUAAAAAGCUCAUGCCACCACAUUACCUCUGCAGCAAAUUUGUAGAUUUAAAAUCUUCUUGGGACAAGGAAGGGAAAAAAAGAAUUUGAAAGUAUCUUGUAGUUGGUGAUAAUUCCCAAUAUACAGAUGGCUCUCAUUUCUUACCAUCUUUUUAUGCCAUUCAGUUAACACUGAAGCGAUCAGUAACAUUUUAAACUAUUCCUGUUCUUUUUUUGAAAUGUAAGCAGCACUUAUCGACAGCUGUAGAAGUAUGGGGACGCUCUAUUAGGAAAUACAGGUUUAAAUUCAACUGUAUGAAUAUGCUGAUAUAGUAAUAGUUAAAUAAUCGUGUUCUUUAUUUAUACUAGCACAUCUAUCCAAAUGAAUCUAAAUCAAUCAAUUUCUUUUUACGCAGCAAGCCACUCAUUUAAAAAUAUCAUGCCUGGCUACCUAGAAAAUGGAUAGGAUGUGUGUGUGUGUGCAUGUUCACGUCCCCUCACAUUUCAAAUAGCUUUUAAAUUUUUUGUCAUUUUAGUGCUUAACAUGCAACGUUUUGACUCAGUUUUUAAAACUGCACUCCAGAAUUCCUAAUGCUGUGUCUUCCUAAUGGAGCAGUCUUUCAUUGAAGGAACCCCUUUGCCCAAACGUCUUCCUUCAAGUGUGAUAAUGAUCAGAACCAAGUUUCCAAUAAGCAUGGAAUUAGUCUUUCUGACUCAGUUUGAAUUUUUUCAUGAUUUUUAUUCCUUUCAUUAUGAAAACUUACAGUAAAAUUGUUGGUUUUUUUUAAAAAAAUCAUCCUGUAACUAAAAUGUUCUUUUAUGACGAGAAGUAACUGAUUGUAUAAUAGCUGUUACUUGAGAAGGUACUUCUCCUUGGCAGAAGUUGCAGCAGUAAAAUGUCACUUGUUUUGGCGGCCUCCUGAAAAUUCUGUUUCUUAUUUUAAAUAGGGCUUUUUAAUGGUCAGACAAUGAAAUAAUGUUCUGUAUUUUUUUAAACAAUCUGAGUAGAACUUCAGGCAAGAUCUGAGCACACGUUUCCAUUUGUAUUACAAAUAAAUAAACACUGAAUGUGAAAUUA